AUGGACGCAGAGCUCCGACGGCUCUUGGGGAAGCCGCCCGCCUCGAGAGAGCUCAAGCGCGCGCUCGAACCCGACCUCUACAUGGAGCGUGUCGAUCUGAUACCAGGUACGCAGUCGGUGCCAGACUUUGUGGCGACGAAUGCGCCAUUGAGUGGAGACCGGCUACAACACGCCCUCUACCUUGCUAGCAUCGAUAUACCACUGCUGGAUGAGCUGUACCUUCCAUUCCUUGCCGCCUUCUUCGACCUUGGCAGCCUCCAAUCGCUCGCGAUCCCAGCGUUCGCAGCCUCCCGUCGCCACCUUUUAUUGCAGCCCAUACCUGGCAGCGCGGCAGCCGUGCAUAUUGCAAACGUCAUGGAGAUUGCCCACCGCCAGCUACCAGCACAAGCGGCUGGCCUCAUCAUCCUCACAACGCUACCGCUUCGAGGACAGGACCGCGCACUGGUGCCGUCGAUGACGACUUGUAGUUCCGCGGGCAAGCCCGUCCAUCUCCUGACGCUGCCAUCGCCGGCGUUGAACGCGCCAACGAUCGAGCGUCUCCUUGGUGCGUUCUUGAGCCUUGUGGGGAUUCAGCCCUGCGGCCUCUACCACUGCGUCUCGCAACACUGUAGUCAGCCCACGCUGGCGCUAUGUCCGCUUUGCUUGCGCAAAUUAAGCUUGGUGAUCCCGCACUUCAACGUCGUACGACGCUACGAGGCCCUUGUCAACGUUUGCAAAACGGUGCCGGACGAGUGGGCUCGAAGCCUCCACCAGUGGUGCCUCGAUCGCCUCUCGUUUAUCACCAACGGCUCCAAAGGCGGGGGUGACGCCACCCUCGACGACCCUCCCGCCCCAAGCAAACCACCAACAAGGUGCGCGAUUAUCGUCGCAAUGGAUAGCAUCGAUCUCGACGACAUUGAGCUGACGUUUGACGAGCAAGACGCGAGCAGCACGGUCUUGGAGCUACUCCGUAUGAACACAGGGGCCACGUCAGCCGGCUACAACUUUCGUCUCCUCGCCGACGCCCACCAGAGCUGGUAUCCGCAGCCUCGUCCAGCGCUGCGCCGCCCGUGCGGCACACAACGGCGGCGAUCCCACUCGCUACCAAGCGCAUUGCCCGUAAGCAUGACGGCACCUGGUGCUGAUGUGCCGUGUUCCGAGGUCGAGCCCGAGCCGGAACCGCUAGCCCGCCCGCCAUCGAAGCAACCGCCGACACCGCAGCAGCGUCUUCAGGAAUGCCUCGUGCGCAACAUGGCCCUCACGCAGGCCAUCGCCCAGAAAUCAAAAGAGAUCGAGCGCCACGCGCUGAUUGUACUUCAAUUGCAGCAACAACUCGACCACGCGGAAGCCCGUGUCCAGUACCACGUUGAUCUGGCCACCAAGAUGGAGAAGCGGCUGGCGCUGGCCAACGAGCGCACACGCGUCACCUCCGAAGGCUACGUGACGCUCAAACAGCGGCUCAAUGGCCUCCGCGUCGAGCUCGCGGCGACAACAAAAGACAACCAACGCCUGCGCGGCAAGAACGUGCCGGACCUAUCCUUUGACGACCUCGAGGCGCUCGAAGCGACGCUCGAAGCCAGCCUGUGCAGCGUCCGCGACGGGCUCAAGGCGCAGUACCGAGCGGCCAUGGAAGCGCGGUCGGACCUCUGCAUCGUUUGCUACUCGGAGCCGGUCUCGAUUGUGCUGCUGCCGUGCCGCCACCGCGUCCUCUGCGGCGCCUGCGCUGUUCGCGUCGCCACUUGCCCUGUGGACCGCCACGAGAUCACCGACAUGUUGUCCACGUUUGGGCACGCCGCAUGA